AUGCGUCUGCUUGUAUUCUCCCUUUUUCUAUUGCUACCUGAAUUGGCUCGGGGAUUCGAGUCUUUGGACCUUUCCGAGUACAAUCAUCUUUCCUCGAAUACCAUCAUUGACUUCUAUGACAAUGAAAUCCCGGACAUUGAUUUUGAAUCGGAACUUCGUCGUUUCCAAGAACCAAUACCAAAAACUGGAGCUGAAAUGAUGGCCAGAUUCAACAGGAAUUUUUUGAAUUUCCUAUCGAAAGGCGAAAGAAAGGAUUGGAAUAAUUUGAUGCAAAUCAUGUCGCCGGAUGCGUAUAUUGAGACUUGUAUGGCAUCGGCUUAUGGAUUGAGUCUGGAUCAGUUUUAUAAAUGGAUGACCUACUUGAGCAAGUUCUAUUUGGAAGUUGGGUUGACUAGCACGGUCAUAACAGACAGCUCCGAUGAUAUCACCACUGAACUGGAUUAUAGGUCAGACGUCAGAGGAGACAUCAAGAGAAAUGAUAAAUGGACAAUGUCAGCUACAUUCGAUAAGGAGAAGGGGCAUUUUGUUGCGAACACAUUGAAGAUGAUGUCUGAUUGCUCGACUAUUCCGAAGACUCCUCCACUUGAACCAGCCAUACCUGUGGAAACUUUCAUUUCAAAUCAGUUUGUGGAAUACUGGAACAAGAGAUAUGGGAAGGUUCAAAAAUACAUGAAUCAUACUUUCGAAGUGACCCAUACCGAAAAUAAGACUUAUUAUGUCGACUUUUCUGUGACUUAUCAAGGGGAACCAGGAACAUUCUACAAGGACCGAUACAAGUUCCAGAUUCAAAAGUGGUUAAAUUUCUUCGUCGAUUAUUUCGAGAACUUCAUGGAUUGGACCAUAAUCCAAGUCCAACAGUAUUGCACUGAAAAUAAAACCAAAAUGACCAAGAGCGACGAAUCUCUUCAGAAAAUGGCAUUGUCCUCGAGACGAUGGGAUCAAGUAUUCCGUCAGGAUCUCCAGUGGAAAACUCAGAAGGCAUUCAAGGAAAUGUUCGAUCAAAAGACAUUUAAUGGUUAUGCUUGCGGAGGAAAAUUCGAUACGUGGUCGAAAUUCGAAGACUGGCUGUCAAAUUUGGCGAAAUUCUAUGGUAAAUCGGUUCCAAUGCAAACAUCGGUUUAUGCGGCUACACAAGAUAAGCUUGGGUUCUGGGUUCUCAAUCAGAUGACAGCGUGGUCGGACAACAGUACACCCAAUCACCGUGUCUAUUUUGAAGGAUACUACAAGGAUAACAAUUGGCAGCUGAAUCAUCAACGAGUGAUUUUUGUGCUGUUUUUUUCAUUGAAUCAAAUAAAUAUUUAUGUGCAGAAUAGAGUUGCUCUCGAUCAUGCUGUUUAUUUAUGUGAAACGAAAUAA